AACUCAUUUUCGCAAAAUCUGUAACGUGGCCCUUGACGUCAUUUCCGUCGACGUGGAGUUCCUAUGUUUUUUGGUGAAGCGGUGCAAACGAUUGCUGAGAAAAACUAGUCGCAACAAUGAUAAAGAAAUUUGACAAGAAGGACGAAGAAUCUGGAAGUGGUUCGAACCCAUUCCAACACUUGGAGAAGAGCGCUGUCCUCCAAGAGGCUCGGAUCUUCAAUGAGACACCCAUCAAUCCUCGAAGAUGCCUCCACAUCCUCACCAAGAUCAUUUACCUGCUCAACCAGGGGGAACAUUUUGGGACGACAGAGGCGACGGAGGCUUUCUUCGCCAUGACUAGGCUCUUCCAGUCCAAUGAUCAAACCCUGCGGAGAAUGUGCUACCUGACCAUAAAGGAAAUGGCCAACAUCUCCGAGGAUGUCAUCAUUGUGACCAGCAGCCUGACCAAGGACAUGACCGGCAAAGAGGAUGUGUACAGGGGCCCAGCGAUCCGAGCCCUGUGCAGGAUCACAGAUACCACCAUGCUGCAGGCCAUCGAGCGCUACAUGAAGCAGGCCAUCGUGGACAAGGUUCCCAGCGUGUCCAGCUCCGCUCUGGUCUCCUCACUGCACAUGGUGAAGAUGAGCUAUGACGUCGUGAAGCGCUGGGUGAACGAGGCACAGGAAGCGGCUUCCAGUGACAACAUCAUGGUGCAGUACCACGCCCUGGGUCUGCUCUACCACCUGCGGAAGAACGACCGCCUGGCUGUGUCCAAGAUGCUGAACAAGUUCACCAAGUCGGGCCUCAAGUCUCCCUUUGCCUACUGCAUGCUGAUCCGCAUCGCCAGCAGGCUUCUGGAGGAGACCGAGGGCGGACAUGACAGCCCCCUGUUUGACUUCAUCGAGAGCUGCCUGAGGAACAAGCACGAGAUGGUGGUUUACGAAGCGGCGUCCGCCAUCGUCCACAUGCCCAACUGCACCGCCCGCGAGCUCGCCCCCGCCGUCUCAGUUCUUCAGCUCUUCUGCAGCUCCCCCAAAGCAGCCCUGCGAUAUGCUGCAGUCAGGACUCUCAACAAGGUGGCGAUGAAGCACCCUUCGGCGGUGACGGCCUGUAACCUGGACCUGGAGAACCUGAUCACGGACUCGAACCGCAGCAUCGCCACGCUGGCCAUCACCACCCUGCUGAAGACGGGCAGCGAGAGCAGCGUGGACCGCCUCAUGAAGCAGAUCUCCUCCUUCGUGUCCGAGAUCUCCGACGAGUUCAAGGUGGUGGUGGUGCAGGCCAUCAGUGCCCUCUGCCAGAAGUAUCCCAGAAAGCACAGCGUCAUGAUGAACUUCCUUUCCAACAUGCUGAGGGACGAUGGCGGGUUCGAGUACAAGCGGGCCAUCGUGGACUGCAUCAUCAGCAUCAUCGAGGAGAACCCCGACAGCAAGGAGACGGGGCUGGCCCACCUGUGCGAGUUCAUCGAGGACUGCGAGCACACCGUGCUGGCCACCAAGAUCCUGCACCUGCUGGGCAAGGAGGGCCCCCGCACCCCCUGCCCCUCCAAGUACAUCCGCUUCAUCUUCAACCGCGUGGUGCUGGAGAGCGAGGCCGUCAGGGCCGCUGCGGUCAGCGCCCUGGCCAAGUUUGGGGCGCAGAAUGAUGACCUGCUCCCCAGUGUGCUGGUCCUGAUGCAGAGGUGCAUGAUGGACAGUGACGACGAGGUCCGAGACAGAGCCACGUUCUACAUGAACGUCCUGCAGCAGAAACAGAAGGCGCUGAACGCUGCCUACAUCUUUAAUGGUUUGACUGUGUCCGUUCCUGGUCUAGAGAAGUCUCUCCACCAGUACACUCUGGAGCCUUCUGAAAAGCCCUUCGAUAUGAAGACCGUUCCCCUGGCAACCACACCCAUCACAGAGCAGAAGACAGAAAUCGCACCCGUUGCCACCAGUAAGCUCCCAGAGAAGCUGACACCAUCGCGGCAAGACAUUUACCAAGAGCAACUGGCGGCCAUCCCGGAGUUCCAGGGCCUGGGGCCCCUCUUCAAGUCCUCGGAGCCCGUGCAGCUGACGGAGGCGGAGACGGAGUACGUGGUGCGCUGCAUCAAGCACACCUUCGCCGGCCACAUGGUGUUCCAGUUCGACUGCACCAACACGCUCAACGACCAGCUGCUGCAGAAGGUGCUGGUGCAGAUGGAGCCGUCGGAGGCCUACGAGGUGGUGCAGUACAUCCCCGCCGCCAACCUGCCCUACAGCCAGCCGGGGUCCUGCUACAGCCUGGUGCGGCUGCCCGAGGACGACCCCACCGCGGUCUCCUGUACGUUCAGCUGUACUAUGAAGUACUUAGUCCGCGACUGUGACCCCAACACGGGAGAGCCCGACGAUGACGGUUACGACGACGAAUAUGUGCUGGAGGACUUAGAGGUGACCGUGGCAGACCACAUCCAGAAGGUUCUCAAGCCCAACUUCGGUGCCGCCUGGGACGAAGUGGGAGACGACUUUGAGAAAGAGGAGACCUUCGCCCUCUCCUCUGUCCGGACUCUGGAUGAGGCCGUCGGUAACAUAAUCAGCUUCCUGGGCAUGCAGCCAUGCGAGCGAUCGGACAAGGUCCCCGAAAACAAGAACUCCCACGUCCUGUUCCUAGCAGGCGUGUUCCGGGGGGGCCACGACGUGCUGGUGCGGUCCCGCCUCGCGCUGGCCGACGGGGUGACCAUGCAGGUGACGGUGCGGAGCCAAGAGGAGACCGCCGUGGACGUGAUCCUCGCCUCUGUCGGUUAAAUCCGGUUAAAUCCGGCACAUUCCGCCAAACGCCAGUAAAAAAAAAACAA